AUGUUCGAAAGGAGCCUGUUCCCAGACCAAGCCUGGCUGCCUGUGUACAGAGCGGCUGACACUGGGUCUACUCCAGCCCGUAAAAGACCGGCUUCGUUAGGGCCCUACGUAGACACGCUCACAGAGGAGGCUGUUGGGGGGACGGGAACCUCCCGGAUCGCUGGCUGUAAAUCUGAAAGCCAGACAAGGAUCCCCAAAGAGGAAGCUGAGGCUGAGCCGCUCAUUGAGAGGCCGCUUGGGGGGGGAUGUGAUCCCCCUGAACUCUUCCGAAAAGCCCUGGAGUUUCUGGUCACAGGCUCAGAAAGAAUUCCAGCAGCUGCUUUCCAGGCCUCUGUCCUCAGUGGCUUUUGGACUCUGACCAGCCUGACCGGCAGGCCCCCAUCUCUGCCAGCCUCGGGCCCGAAGUCCAGGGAGGCUUCACCGUCCCCCAAAGGCCAGGAAGCAAGCUCCUGUCCUGGGAUGAAGAGCUCCCCGCAAAUCCUGCUUGCAGCUUCCCUCCUCUUCCUCUUCUCCCGACCCAUCUCAUCCUCUCCGGCUCCCAGGAACCCGACUGGCCCCCUCCUCUCGGAUGGACAUUCGUGUGUAGGAUGUGUGCUGAUAGUGUCCAUAGUGGAACAGCUGGCACAAGUCCACAACUCUACCACGUGGAAGGAGAUGGAGCAACUGUGCAGUUACCUCCCUGAAAAGCUAUUCCUGAAAAGUAUCUGCUAUUUCACAGCAGAAAUGUUUGGACCAGACAUCAUUAAACUGCUCAGCUCGAAGAUGAAUGCGGACGUGGUCUGCCAUGCCCUCCACUUUUGUAAACAGAAGGCCGGACAGCCUCUUUGCCACCUCUACAAGCCUCCCCAGGAGGGCCUGAACAGAGCCCUGAACAGGGCCAGAAAGAUUGUCCGGCACUCACCAACCUUGACCAGUCCUGGCAGCAUGAUGGGGAUCUGUUCAAUCCCUGCUUUGGCCAAGAUCUGUCAGAAAAUUGAAUACGCUCUCAGCACAACCCUGCCCUUCGAAGACGCGGAUGGGGACAAGUUCAGCGUUUUCCCCACUUUGAGAGGCUUUUACUGGAGAGGACGAGACUGCAAUGACAGAAACAGGAACAUCUAUCCAGGCCGACGCCCGGAGAAUUGGGAUGUACAACAGGAUUCCAACUGUAAUGGCAUUUGGGGUGUAGAUCCUAAGGAUGGCAUCCCGUAUGAGAAGAAAUUCUGUGAAGGUUCAGAAGCCAAGGGUCUCAUUGUGCUGGGGGACUCCGCCGCAGCCCAUUUCCACAUACCUCCAGAGUGGCUGAUAGCAGAGCACAUGUCUGCGAAAACUUUCUCCAAUCUGCCCAAGGCUUUGAGCAAUGAGCUCGACUGGCCCGAGCUCUCUGGCACAACAGGAUUUCUGAAUUCUACCAGUGGAUUGCCGGACCACUCUAUUUAUCUCCGCCUACGUCAGAGAAACCGCUGCAAUCACCGGGACUACCAGAAUAUUUCCAAAAAUGGUGCUUCUUCCAAAAACCUUCUGAAGUUCAUGGGAAGCUUGUCCAGGAACCGGCUGUUGGAUCACCCCGCCAUUGUAAUCUACACCAUGCUUGGGAAUGACGUGUGCAAUGGGUAUAUCGACUCUGUGUCCAAGAUGACCACUCCACAGGACAUGCGAGCUCACGUCAUGGAAACGUUGACAUUUCUGAAUUCUCGCCUCCCUCCGGGCAGCUACGUGGUCCUCUAUGGACUGGCAGAUGGACGCUUUCUCUGGGACCAUUUGCAUGACCAAUACCAUCCUCUGGGCCAGCUGAAUAGAGACGUCACUUACGAGCAGCUCUAUGCCUUCCUCAGCUGCGUCCAGGUGAACCCCUGCCGAGGCUGGAUGUCCUCCAAUGAGACUCUCCGGACCCUCACCUCUGAAAGAGCCAAGCAACUUUCCAACGUUCUGGAAACGAUUGCAGCCAGUGAGAAAUUUGCCAACGUGAGUCUCCUCUACCUGGAUUAUCCUUUCAAGGAAAUGUCUGAGGAGUGGCAGAGGAGAGGGGGAGAGACGUGGCAGCUGAUUGAGCCAGCCGACGGCUUCCACCCCAGCGAGGUAGCCUCCCAGCUAGCUGCACAAUUCUUCUGGGAGAAAAUCCUCCAGCGAUGGCCCCAAGUCCUUGGAAAGGAGAAUCCAUUCAACGAUCAGAUUGAGCGCCUGUUUGGAGAUCAAGGAGGUCACUGAGUGCUGGGGGCUCCUCAGGCAGCCCUUGCUCUGACUUGAGGAAGCUAGAACCAGGACAGGUGCAAAUCCUCCCUUGGCCCCUGCCCUCCAUCAAAAUGAAUAUAUAGCAAGGUAGCCAGGCCCGGCAUGCCCCGAGCCGUACAGUAGCAUCUUCCUCACACCCUUGGCGCUCUGGGGCCUCAGCUCUCAUCUGUGCUCACUGUCAUACAUUUCUCCAUUAGGAUGUAAGCUCUUUCAGGGCAUGAACCAUUUCUUGUCUGUCUUUGUCCCUUGCCUAGCCCGGUGCCUUACUUACAAGGCAGCUAGGUGGUGCAGUGGCUAGAGUCUGGAAUCAGGAAGACCUGAGUUCCAAUCUAAUCACAGAUCAGACACUAGCUGCGUUGGCCCUGGGCAUGUCACUUAAUUUCUGUUUGCCUCAGUUUCCUCAACUGUAGAACAGGAUAAUAACAGCACCUAUCUC